ACCAUAGAAGACAUGACGGUGAAACUGACUGCGCUCUUCGAGCAUCCCAACUGCCUGCUGAGUCGCAGGAACCGACAUCAGUUCCUGGUCACUUUGUUAGUGAAUAUUGCAACAUUUUCGCAUGGCUUGGGCGUGGGAUGGAUGUCUCCCGUGAUGAGGGAUCUCCAAACGGAUCAAUCACCUUUGGAAUUUCCUUUGUUGGUGGAGCAAGUAUCCUGGAUAGGAUCUCUAGUGGGCAUUGGCAGUGUGAUUGGCAAUCUGUUGGCUGGCACUUUAAUGGAUCGAAUUGGCCGGAAGCUGGUCAUGUUCGGCAUUGCUAUUCCCUACAUGACUUUUUGGUCCCUCAUCUACUUUGUGCAGAGUGUUGAGUUCCUCUACAUAGGUCGCCUAAUGGCCGGAAUGACCGGAGGGGCCUGUUACGUCGUCCUUCCGACCUUCAUCAGCGAAAUCGCGGACACUAACGUACGCGGCCGACUGGGCUCCAUAAUCUUGCUGUCAGUUAACACGGGCGUACUCGUCGGAUACAUCAUCUCCACGAGUGUGAAUUACUUUACAUCACCGCCGUUUAUUAUCGCACUACCCGUGUGCUACUUUAUCUGUAACUUCCUUUUUCCGGAAACCCCCCAUCAUCUGAUUCGCAAGGGAAAGUUUGAGGCUGCCAAGGAAUCUUUUCGGUUCUACAAGGGCAUUCAGAAGGAUGAUAUCAAGGCGGAAAGCGAGUUUGAGGACCUGAUGUUUCAUCUGACAAAGGACCAGUCGGCCAACAGCAGGGCUCUUAGCUACAAGGAUUUUGUUACCAGACCUGCUCUCAAGGCCAUUGGCUCGGCAGGUGUCCUGCUGAUCUGCAACCAGUUUAGUGCCAGUUUUUGCAUCACCACCUACUUGUCGGAUGUGUUCGCUGCUUCGCACACCACUCUCAACCUGAGCAUGUGCACCAUUGUCAUUGGAGUUCUGCAGAUCGUGGGUAACUACGUUACCACACUGCUGUGCGACAAAUACGGACGCCGGAUCCUGAUGCUGACCUCCACUUCCGGGGCUGCUGUAUGCCUCCUGGCGUUCGGCUUCUUCACCUAUUAUGCCCCGAUUUAUGACCUUUCAGUCGUUGGCUGGCUGCCGCUGGCCAUUUUGUCGAUCUACGUCUUCAUGUGCAACAUUGGCAUGGUGGGGUGCCUGUUUGUGGUCCUCGUGGAGGUGUUCCCCGCCAAGAUCCGAUCUGUGAGUGUCUCCACAUUCGUAGUCAUCCUGAGCAGCACCGUCUUCCUCACCCUGAAAAUAUUCCCCAUAUGUAUGGCCGUCUGGGGCAUCUCUACGACCAUGUGGUGCUGCAGUGGCAUUACGUUCUCCUCCUUUCUAUACUUCUGCUUCUUUUUGGAGGAGACCAAAGGCAAAUCACUGUUGGAGGCUUAGCAUGUUUGCCCAGAAGAUAGCGGAGCUGAUUAACUUAAGUCGGGUGCUAUCUUUACAGUUCUGAGGACUCCAACGAGAUACUUAAGCCAAUUGCUCGGUAGCACUUCCACUCAGUGAUCAGAUUUUCACGCCCAUUAGAAGACUGAAUAAGAGUACACGCUUUUCUGUUUAAUAAAAAAAAGUGACGAA